AUGUUUAGAAAGAUAAUAAAUAAAACUAUUAACAAAGGUUAUGAUGCUUAGAAUUGCGAGAUUUGCAAAAAAAAUCUAUCAUUUUUCAAAUUAAAGAGAAUUCAUAAAUGUAAAAGAUGUCUGAGAUUCGUCUGUGCAGAUUGCGGAUCUUAAAAAGCAAUAAUACCAGGAUAUGAUGUUAAACCAAACGAACCCCAUAGAAUCUGCAAUAUUUGUCACAGAGAACUUGAUAUUUAAAUUAAAAUUAUCAAAUGUAAUGAUUUGUGCUGGAAUCAGAAUAGUUACAUUUCAGAAAGAUGGCGCAAUUCAAUUAAUCUUUAUCAGCUUGAAAAAAAGAAAACAGCCUUUUAGUCAUUUAGUUACUACGAAUACCUAGAAUAAUAUGCUAAAAAUAAAGAAAAUUACGAAUCUGAAAUAGAAAUAAUUACAAAAGAUGUUGAUUUAGGAAGAAGUGAUAGUUAAGUUUUCAAUUACUCAAGCAGAUAAUUUAUUGAAUAGUUAUAAGAAGGUUAAAGUGUAGAAUCAGUCAGACAGAAUAUUAAAAAUGUUUUAAUUGCUUUAGUUGUAAAAUAUCCAUAUUUAGGAUAUUGCUAAGGAAUGAAUUAUUUAGCUGUUGUUUUGCUUUGCUUUACCAAUGAAGAAGUCGCAUUUCAAUUAUACUGCCAUCUUAUUGAUAAUAUACUUCCUGAUAAAUACUACUAAAAGAACGGAAAAGGAUCCGGAUUAAUAGGAUUUAUGGCAGAGUGUUAUGUUUUGAGAAACCUUAUUCCUUCUUAUUUUGAAGACUAGGAUGAAAUAAAUCACUUUCAAACAUUUUUAGAAAUGCAAUGUCCAAACUACUUGCUCACUCUUCUAAUAAAUACAUUAAAUGUCACCUGUGUUUUUCAUGUAUGGGACUUAAUGUUUAUGGAAAACUCUAUAAUCCCAUUUGAGAGGUGCAUCAUUUCUAUGAUUUAGAUUAAUAAGGAACAUAUUUUAGACUAUUUUAAAAAUCCUAAUGUAAGUGAUGCUAUUUUGAGAAACACUACAUAUGAUGAGUUGAAAGCAAAAAUGAAUUUUUCAAUUUGUGAAGAAAAAAGAAUAGCACUUAUGGAAUAAUUUUAUUAAGAAUUUAGUGAUAAAUGGACAAAAGAUAACUCGAAUAUUCAUUAUUAACUUAAAAAAAUAACUAAGUUCUCAAUUGAUGAAAUAAAAUAAAUUUAAAAACAAUUCAAUAAAUUAUUAGAAACUAAAUAUCCCUAAGAUUAACAAUAAGAAAAUCAAAAUGUAGAAGAAUCAAAUUCUCCUCCAAAAGAAACCGAAAUGACUAGACCAAAGUCAGAAUCAAAAAAAUUUUAAAAAAGAGGAAUAAGUAAACAAGAAUUUGUGAAUUUAAUGAUAAAAUUUAAUCAAGAAUAUUAAGCUGAACAUAAAAUCAUUAUAAAAAACGAGUAGCUUUAAAAGAUAUUUGAAUUAUUUAUAGAAGUAGAAGGAGGUGUUUUAGAUUUUAGAGAAUUUUUAUGCUGCAUGAGUAUAGUUACUAGAGGAGAUGUUAAAGAAAAACUGGAGAUGUUUUUUUAUAUUUUUGAUGCAAACAAAAAGUAAUACCUAUCAAAAAAUGAAUUCUUUUUCUUGAUAGAUACACUCAUACACUCAAUUGCAGUUAUAGAAAAAAAUAAAAAUUUAAAAGAAAAUGCUUGUUAAUUUUUAAUUUCUUUAGAAGACGAAUACAUGAAUAAAGAAAAAAUAUCCUUAAGCGAUUUUUUACUUCUACUUUCUUCUCCAUUUAUUUAAGAAUUAUCAUAUAUAUAAUAAGCGGAGUAGAGCAGAAAUACAGUAUAAGUGAUGUUUCUUAAUUUGAAAACACUAUACGAUUGA